CAAUUAUUUACUUGUGAUGGUUGACAUAACUACACGUUACUGUGUUUUGAAACCCUUGCCCGAUAAGCAGUCUAUGACGAUUGUAAAGGUUUUGAUCGAUGUUUUCUCAAACUACGGAUCCCCACGUGUAAUCUAAUCUGAUAAUGGAGGUGAAUUUGUAAAUGAGCUUAUGCAGUUGCUGGCUGAAAAUGCUGGUUAUGAUCAUAGACUCAUCUCUAGUUGCCAUCCAAGAGCUAAUGGAGUAAGUGAACGUUGGGUACAAUCGGCUGUAAAUGUAAUAAAGAAACAAAUCGAGGGUGCUAAAGCUGACUGGGAUUUAUAUGUACCAUCUACACAACUCUUCUUAAAUGGUAAAGUAAAUGAACGCACUAAGACGCCACCUUUUACUUUAAUGUUCGGUCGCAACAUGAAUGACUUUGAAGAUUAUAGUCAAGAAAAAAAUGAGGCAACUAAGGAAAAAAUAAACAGUGAACUCCUAGCAAAUAUAAAGCGCUUAGCGGAGAUUGUAUUUCCUGCCAUACAUGAACGAACACAAAUAAUAACAAACAAACAGAAAGUAAGGUUUGAUGCGUCACAUAAGCUUAUAACGAUCCCUGAAAACAGCUAUGUAAUGGUAAAAGUAAACGUAAAGACCAGUAAGCUAGAUCCUGAUUAUCAAGGCCCUUAUAAAGUGAAAAGAAUUACUCAAGGGAAAUCGUAUGUGCUAGAAGAUGAAAUGGGCGAAUUAUUACCUAAAAAUUACCCACUUUCUACAUUAAAACUUAUCUCUCAAGAUGAGCUUAUGUCCACAGACAAGUUCUAUCAAGUAGAAGCCAUUCUGGCACAUAAAAAGGAAAAAGGUAAAUAUAUUUAUAAGUGCAAAUGGAAAGGGGAACCUGCUACCGACUUUGCUGAUCCUAAAUUCACUACUGAAUACUGGCAAAGAAUUGGCAUAAUACCUGAAGAUAUUAAAAAGAAGUAUGGUAUGAAAUCUAACAAAGAUGAAUCUAUUGACAAUGUAAGUACAGUAAUUCCAAAUCAGGUAAAAGAAAGAUGUCCUUGGAUCUUAACGGAGACAGCCGUUCUUCUACAACAUAUAAAAGGGUUAGCAAAGGCUAUAGUUCCAAUAAAAGAUCUAAACGGCAUUGAUCAUACCUAG